AUGACGGAUGACGAGGUAGUAUUCGUGUCCGAGGGGGCGACGGAGGUCCCGAAGGGUAAGAAGCGUGCUGCUGACGCGCCAGAGCUGAUGGUCGGUAAGAGAUCAAGAUUGCCGUCACAGUACGUCGUUUCUCCCUACACGGUCGAGGCGAAGAGAAGGGGAUUUGUGGAUGGGGCGUACCCCAAUCUUUUUCGCGACGUCGACCUAGUCAGACAGAAGGCGUUCGAUGAUUGGUUCAAAUCCCUUAAGUCCGAAGAUAGUUAUACCAUCGGCUGUAUGACCGUGCCCAAUGCUAAAAAGUGGUUUGAAGAUGUACUGACGACCUCAGCUUGGCUCGCUGAUGAUCAUAUCGACUUGGCUAUGGAAUUGUUACACGAUCGGGCGCAGAGGUACCCGAGAUCUUAUGACAGUCCUACUCGAGUUAUCUUGAGCGCUGAGUUCGUUCGUGUCGUAGAGAUUGAGCAUCAGGAGCUCCUAAGCAAGGGGAAUGAUUAUGUUCUGUCUGAGUACAUGCUGGAGUGGGUGAUUGGACUACAGUUGAGGUGCAGAAAGCCGUGGACAGAUUGUACACAUAUGUACAUUCCAGUGAUCGCGAACUCACACUGUUUUUCGGUGGAGAUCGUAUUUGCUGAUUCCACCAUAUAUGUGUACGACUCUGAUCAUAGCUGUCUGACGCAAAGUCAAUUGGAGCAAAUACUGGAGCCAUUGGCUGUGAUCGUGCCCAUGAUGGCUAGUCAUGCGAUGAUUCGAGUAAAUGAUAGAUUAGCCAUUGUGCGGAACACGACGACUGCGAGAUAAGAAAGAUCGGGUGACUGUGGCAUAUUUGCAAUCAAGUACAUAGAGUUCUUGAGCAUUGGUCGCAAUGUUGAUACAAUAAAUCAGUCUUCGAUUGAUAUGUGGAGGCAUAAAUUAGC